CAUCGCCUGUGCGUCCGGAAGUGACUGUUCCUGCUCCAGGGAGGGCCGCCCGGGCCUACCCUGCCUGGGCGCAGCUAGGCAAACUGAUGCGGUCCGGACCGGGUGACCAUGGCGGUGUUUCAUGACGAGGUGGAGAUCGAGGACUUUCAAUAUGACGAGGACACGGAGACGUAUUUCUACCCCUGCCCCUGUGGGGAUAACUUCUCCAUCACCAAGGAAGAUUUGGAAAAUGGAGAAGAUGUGGCAACGUGUCCUAGCUGCUCACUCAUUAUAAAAGUGAUUUAUGACAAAGAUCAGUUCAUGUGUGGAGAAACAGUCCCAGCUCCUUCAACCAACAAAGGGUUAGUUAAGUGCUGAGGACACUCUCAGAACCCACGUCCAGAACAGCCCAGGUGGCUGGAUCCGGUGCAGAGUUACCAACCUCCUCAGUGGGCAGCUGUCCUGUGGAUGGCCUCAUGGGUGUGAUCUACAUCAGCCACUGACCUCGGCGUGAAGAAAUGAGCCUGUGACACGUCAGGCCCGGAUUCCAUGCUUACCUGAACUGGCAGGAUUCCUCACUGUCCAUCUGAAUUUAAGGAAGAGCCCUGUGAACUGAUGGUUUUUCCUUCAAUUGGUUGCAUCAUUUGAAUAUCUGAAAAUUCAUUUUCUGGAAAUAACAUCAUCCGCUCAGUCCUGA